AUGUUACCGGAGAAAAAACAGUUUUACAGCACGUUGACCGAAGAAAAUAUCAAAGAUGCGGAGUACAUUCACGCGAAAAACGUAUGGAGUCAUUUCAACUGUCGUACACUUGGCGAGUACAGUGAUCUUUAUUUGAAAAUCGACGUCAUGUUAUUGGCCGAUGUGUUUGAAAACUUCCGCGAUAUUUGUAUGAUGACAUACAAUUUGGAUCCGGCCUACUACUACACGGCGCCCGGAUUUAAUUUCGACUGUAUGUUGAAAUACACCAUGGUAGAACUUGAACUUCUUUCCGACUACGAUAUGCUGUUAAAGUUCGAAAAAGGUAUACAUGGUGGACUGGUGCAGGCGAGUAUGCGGUAUGGAAAGGCGAAUAAUUAUACGGUGCCGGACUAUGACAGAACAAAAGACGAUUCGUGGAUUAUAUACCAGGAUU